AGGUUUGGGAACGAGUUCGGGGUCGAUUGGACGAAGAUCGGACAUGUGGCGAGAGGCUGAGGAUGCAACACGGGCACUCCUAAAACCCACAUGGCCAUGACCAUGACGAAACCCGACCUCAAGCACGCGUUCAUCAGGGAUUUGAAGAGGGGCCCCCACCAGGAUCGUUUUAAGCACGUCCUGGCCUGCUCGUUUGGGCAGCAUCAUUGCUGGUCUAGGCGGGAG